AAUUCGACUCAAUUCGAUUCGUUUACACCUUAGGACGAACAAGAAUCUUUAUCCGAACCAGUCCACACCCUACCGCCUUCCUGAUCGUCUGCUCAUGUCCCCCUCUUCCUGCCUCGCCGCUUGGCUCGUGACCCCGCCUUCGGCCUCCCUCAGGGUGGCCGUCAUCGGCGCCGGUGCCGCAGGUUUCGUGGCCGCGCGCGAGCUCCGCCGCGAGGGCCACCGCGUCGUCGUCUUCGAGCGUGGCGCUGCCAUUGGGGGCACCUGGGUCUACACCACCGCCACCGAGUCCGAUCCCCUAGGCCUCGAUCCCUUCCGUGAGAUCGUCCACUCCAGCCUCUACGAUUCACUCCGCACGAAUCUUCCUCGCGAGUGUAUGGACUUCCUCGACUAUCCUUUCUCCUCCGGCCGCUCGCCCGCCGGGGGUGAUCCUCGGCGGUUCCCAGGGCACCGUGAGGUGCUUCGUUAUCUGGAGGAUUUUUGCAGGGAUUUUGACCUGUACAGGCUGAUCCGGUUUCAGACGGAGGUGACCGGGGUGGAGAAUCUUUGCGACGAGAGAUGGGAAGUUAGGUCGAGGAGGGAUGGCUUGGUCGAAGAGAGUGAGGUGUUUGAUGGUGUGGUUGUUUGCAAUGGUCACUACACCGAGCCGCGGGUUGCGGAGAUUCCUGGUAUCAAUACAUGGCCUGGGAAGCAAAUGCAUAGUCACAAUUAUCGGCUCCCUGAGCUAUUCCUUGAUCAAAUGGUGGUUAUAAUUGGGAGCUCAUCUAGUGCUGUUGACAUUUCAAGGGAUAUUGCUAAAUAUGCUAAAGAAGUGCAUGUAUCUAGUCGGUCACUGUCUACUGAAUUUCCAAAGAAGCAACCUGGCUAUGAUAACAUGUGGCUUCAUUCUGCGAUUGAGAGCACCCACACGGAUGGCAAUGUAGUAUUUCUAGAUGGAAGCCAAUUCCAUGUUGAUGUUAUUAUCCAUUGUACCGGGUACAAAUACCACUUCCCUUUUCUUAAAACAAACAAUACUGUCACUGUGGAUGACAAUUGUGUUGGCCCGUUGUAUAAGCAUGUAUUUCCACCAUCUCAUGCUCCAAGACUUUCCUUUAUUGGAAUACCUUGGAAGGUAGCUCCUUUCCCACUAUUUGAAUUGCAAAGUAAGUGGGUCGCAGGUGUUUUAUCUGGGCGAAUUACACUACCAACUGAAGAAGAAAUGAUGGCAGAUGUAGAAGCUUGGUACUUGGAAAUUGAGGCUCUUGGAUGGCCCAAGAGAUACAACCAUAACUUGUCCGAAAAUCAGUUCGAGUAUGACGACUGGCUUGCAGCGCAGUGUGGUCAUCCUCCCAUUGAAGAGUGGAGGAAGUUGAUGUACGAGUCCGCUUCCAUGAAUAGAGUAGCUCGACCAGAGAAAUAUCGCGAUGAAUGGGACGAUGAUCAUUUAGUCACACAAGCUGAACAGUCUUUUAAAUUCUUGUGACAUCUCUUGAUUCAAAAUUUUGCUCGGCAAACUUCAUCGCAUACAACUGUUGAUCAUGCCACUCAUGAAGGAUCAUUGUCCUUUGACAUUCUUCCUCCAAGCAUUUGUAUCAUUUGUAUUUUAUUUAUUAAAUUAUCUAUUGAGGUAGCAUAUCUCGGGUAUUCUCCUGUAAUAAUUAUAUCACAAUGUUUGCUUAUUUAUGGGAAAAUUAGCAUUCCCUCUUUUUAACCUGGAGGCAAGGAUUUGAUUCUUUCUCAAGUAAAUUAAUUUUCCAUAGUGAGUUA